GUGUGCGCACACACACACAGACAGACAGGGCGGAACAGGAGGAUGUGACGUCCAGCCCGGAGAGGAGAUUGUACCAUAUCCCGUGAAAGGCUCCUCGUUAACGCUGAUGUUUGGUGAGGAUUACUAUAAGCAGCGGGAUGGCUGAGUGACUGAAUGCGGGUGAACGGAAAACCAUUAAAGAGUCACAUCAGGGGAUUUAAACCGGCUCGACUAUGGAUGUAACUUUUGUACUCUCGGCUAUUAUUUUCACGCUUCUCGCUAUCGUGGUGGCAACGUCGCUAUUCAAGGGAUCCUCGCCUGCAGCCGAGUUCGCAAAUGCGCGGAGUUAUUUCGGACACAGAGGAGACGGAGCGACCGGAGGAUUAGACCCGAAGCAGAACGGCCAUGUACCCGAGAAUAAGAAGAAGAAGAAGAAGGAGGAGGAGGUGGUGACGGAUGACUGGUGUGAGAUCAGCGGGAGCUCCCACGAUCACUGGGAUGUAGUGAAAUCAGUGCUUUCAGAGGAGGCCAGUCCUCACUCUGAAGAACUGCCAUCAUCAGUUGGGCAGUCCUCCUCCUCCACAUCCAGCCUAUCGGUCCCCAGGCCUGGGUCUAGGAAUAUGACCUUAGAGGUAGACUCGUCGUCCGAGGCCUCGUCAGCUGGAGGUCGUAGGUCGUUCAUUGGGCUCUCUGAUACAGAGCUCCUAAAGUGUGCUUUCUCUUACCCCCAGACUGAAGGAGCCACAGAGAGCCCGGAGAUUAAUGAGAACACAAAUAAUCCCUUGAAGUACGUCCCUGGAAAGGCGCGAUCCCACCACUUGGAAAUGAUGAUGUCCAAAGAAGAGCUGGAGGAGGAGCAGAGGAUACUCUCCAACAGAAACUUUAACUGUCUGUAAAGCCUGAAAAAGGAAGGAUAUAUGUGGGUGCAACGUGAGCAGCUGGCUGCCAUCUUCCAGCUGCUGAAAGACAACAAGGAGACGUUUGGGGAGGUGUCCAAUGGAGACAUAGAGGAGCAGCUCCGACUCUACUCCAUCUGAGACUUUACUCUACUGCAUCUAUUCUGCAGGCUGUGGGCUCUUUUACCCUCAUGCACCACAAAAGGACUAACCCAUAUACUCACAUGAACUUGUUGGCAGUAUUCAACGCAGCAACCGCUCUCAUUGGUGCAUAAAUAUGACAAGAUCUGUACUCAGAAAUAGUUUUAUUACAUUUUUUUUUUUAAAUAAAAACAUCAAUGUUGUAGUAAUUAAUUCUGUAUAAAACCCACAUGAUUAUUUCUGCAUAACAUCCCUGUUGCUGUGUAAUAAACCAGAUACCUGUGAAGCCA